UGUUUAUUUUUUAUUUUCUUCCUUCCUGUUCCUCUGUAACAUUAGACCGAUGAAAGCUGCGCGGUCAAGCCCACGUCUCCAAACUGCAUCAGCCUGAUGAUGGCUAGAUGAGACAGCAUGUGUGUGUGCUGCUGCUAUUAUAGUUGUCAAACAAGUCUUCGCCUGAAACAAGGGUAUGGGAGUAUAAAGACAGUGAUUUGUGAAAGACUAAGCGAUGGAGCAGGGGUCAGAGGAGAACAUGGAGAGCUCAUGGACUCUGCUCUCCGGGCUGGCUUCUGGCGUGAUGGUGUUUGGAGGUGCGGUGCCCUACGUCCCCCAGUACCAGGACAUCCAGAGGACCAAUAACGCUGAGGGAUUCUCAACAAGAGUCUGUCUGGUGCUGCUCGUUGCUAAUAUACUUCGCAUUUUCUUCUGGAUAGGCAAGCAGUUUGAGCUGCCUUUGCUCCUGCAGAGUGUGGUGAUGAUUUUCACCAUGCUGGCUAUGCUACAUUUGUGCUGUUCCAUCCAGAGCAGCAACCGUGUCAGUACUAAACAGCACCACAUCACAGAUUUGGACCUUCGGUAUUUCUGGAGCUGGAGUUCUUUUGAGGACUAUCUGAUAUUCUGCUUUGCCUUCACGCUGCUAUGUGCUUUUAUAACGUUCCUCUUUCUGGACUGGGUCCUAUUUUUGGAAGCCUUGGGCUCUUUGGCUGUGAUGUUUGAAGCCAUGUUGGGACUGCCUCAGCUGCUGCAGAACUACAACAACCGCUCCACCCGAGGCAUGAGUGUAAAGAUGGUGCUUUUAUGGACGGCUGGUGACAUCUUUAAGACCACAUAUUUCGUGAUCAAUGAAAGCCCCACCCAGUUCGUGGUCUGUGGUGCGGUACAGAUCUUAAUUGACAUUGCUAUUCUGCUCCAGGUGAGCUACUACGGCCAGGACACCAGAAUCAAACUGGGCUGAGAUCACUACAGUAAUGAUGGCGAUCAACACUCCUAAAUAAGGAUAUUCUACAUGCUUCUUCUUACCA